AUGCGGGAGUCACCCGGCGGUUGGGGUUGGUCACGGCGGCGGGAAGGGCUCCUGGGCGCUGACCCUGCCCGCGCCCCUGCGGCUACAGAGGUGCAGAAGCUGUCCAGCCUGGUGCUGCCGGCGGAGGUGAUCAUCGCGCAGAGCUCCAUCCCUGGUGAGGGCCUCGGCAUCUUCUCCAAGACGUGGAUCAAGGCUGGCACCGAGAUGGGCCCCUUCACCGGCCGUGUCAUCGCCCCGGAGCACAUAGACAUCUGCAAGAACAACAACCUCAUGUGGGAGGUGUUCAAUGAGGAUGGCACAGUGCGCUACUUUAUCGAUGCCAGCCAGGAGGACCACCGCAGCUGGAUGACCUACAUCAAAUGUGCACGUAACGAGCAGGAGCAGAACCUGGAGGUCGUCCAGAUUGGCACCAGCAUCUUCUACAAGGCCAUUGAGAUGAUCCCUCCUGACCAGGAGCUGCUGGUGUGGUACGGGAACUCGCACAACACCUUCCUAGGGAUCCCCGGAGUGCCCGGGCUGGAGGAGGAGCAGAAAAAGAACAAGCACGUCCUGCAGAGCCCCCCUGAGGUGUAG